UCCCGCCAAAAGUGCAGUCGCAGCUGGGGCGAACUCAAGUGCGCGGGGAUGCGUUUGCCGCGCGGUAAACGACGUGUUUCGUCACACAAAUUCGGCAGGCGGUAACCGAACGCGUUAAAUCGCUGACGUGAACGAAUUUUCCGACACGACACGCUUGACAAACGUUUCGAGAACUUUCGAUAAUUUUUCACGCGGCGGUGACUGCUCGUGCGAGUCCGCGAGUCGGAGCUCGUCGUUCUCGGGAUCGCGUGGACGAAGAAUUUCAGGGUACGUGGAAUUCUUUUUCGGUUUCUCACUUGGAAAGGAUUCGUCGACCCCGCGUCACGUUGGUUUGCGCGCUCGGCGAUAAUUUUGAGUGAAGAACGAUGUCGGGUACGCAGACCACCAUUUCUUUUCCCGUGCGAAAGAAGUGCGGUUUUUACGGUCGAAAGGAGGAAGUGAAGGAGGACUUCACGAACGCGACGGCGAGGGACACGCCGUCGAGGUACAUCCCGGCCGUCAAGAAGAUCGUCACCUUGACCAGCAGCGAGUCCGAGUCGGAUUCCGAUAUUGAGAAUACGACGAAGAAGCCGGAGGUUUACAGGGACAGAAGGACCGAGGAUGCGGGCAACACGCCGAGGCGACGAAACUGCCACGAGUAUGACAGGAGGGUCGAGAAUGCGGGCAACACGCCAAGGCGACGUAAAUGGGACGAGUCAGAUGAACACACUCCUAGUCCGCCCAAACAGAGAAGAGACAAGCCACAUCUGCAGUCUCCCUUGACGCCGUCUACUCUUCUCAAUAAAUUAGUUCUGAAAUCCCCUGAAAAAGAAAGCAAAUUGACUCCCAAGAAAUUAUUCGACUCUUGCUUCUCUGAGGAAGAGAGCGAGUUAACUUCCAAGCUAGUAUUAGGAUCCAACAGAUAUCAAAACGCGCGAAAAUCGUUGCACAGUUCCAUAACGGAGGAUUUGCCUGGAAGGGAAGAGGAAUUGACUAGGCUACAGAAAUAUCUUCUUGAACAUUUGGACCAAGAAACGUCGGGGUCCUUGUACAUCUCUGGUCCCCCAGGCACCGGCAAAACCGCGUGUCUGUUUAAAAUUAUGCAGCAGUCGGAUGUAAGGUCGAAAUUCAAGGUGGUCUAUAUCAAUUGCACCAGCAUGAAAUCUGCGACUGCCAUUUACGCAAAAAUAAUCCAGGAGCUGUGCAUUCCUAGCUCAACAAAGUCGAGGAAGAACAGCAAAGCCGUUAUAGAGAAGUAUUUAACGUCCAAACACAAGACGCUGCUUCUAGUGCUGGACGAGAUAGAUCAAUUGGAGAGCAGAAAGCAGUCGGUGCUGUAUUCUAUAUUCGAGUGGCCUUCCAUACCGGAUUCCAAGCUGAUCCUCGUCGGAAUUGCCAACGCCCUGGACCUGACUGACAGAAUAUUGCCUAGAUUGCAGGCUAGAUGUGAACUGAAACCGGCGUUGAUGCACUUUGCACCGUAUUCCAAACAACAGAUAUCUGACAUAAUAUCUGCGAGAUUGAACGAGGCGAAUGCGGUUAAUAUUUUCACUCCGUCCGCGAUACAAUUUCUCGCGGGUAAGGUAGCUGCGAUUUCCGGGGAUAUCAGGAGGGCCUUGGACAUCAGCCGAAGAGUGAUAGAAUUGGCCGAGUCGCAUCAAGUGGCGCAAGUACUGCGUCCGACAAACGAUAACGAUACAAAUAUAGAGACCUCAAAAAAGGAAACAAUAGAGAAGCCGGUUGACUUGAAGGAAGUAGUUACGGUUCUAAAUGGAGUCUAUGGGGGUACACAGAAUCUCAAUGAAGAACAGGAUACAUUUCCUCUUCAACAAAAACUACUAAUUUGCUCUCUAUUGCUUAUCCUUAAUAAAGGGAAGAACAAGGAUGUAACUGUUGGAAGAUUGUACGAGGUGUACAGAAAGGUUUGCAAGAAGCGCAACAUAUCCGCCGUCGACAAUUCCGACUUCGUGAACAUGUGCUCGUUGAUAGAGACCAGGGGUAUCUUGCGAGUCGUGGGCAAGAAGGAGGCGCGUUUGUGCAAAGUAAACUUGCAGUGGGAUCAAGAGGAGUUGGACGCGGCUUUGCAAGACAAACAGAUGAUGGCCAAUAUAAUCAACGAUACAAGUUGUUUAUAGAACAAUUAGGGAAUUUUAAUGUUACACCAUUUUGUUACGCCUAAUUUAUUUUAUAGCUCCUUUAAUAUUUUAUAUACAUAACGUGACCAUCUUGUUACCAAUCGAAUGUUACAUUGUUAUCAAGUCGUCGUCAACGUUUUUCUACAUAUCACUCUUUUAAAGAGAGAUUUUAACGUUAGCAUGAAUAUUUAGGCGCCGCUAUUGUGUGAGACUGUAUCGCAUGAGACUGAUUGUAUUUACUGACCAUUUUGUACUGAGGACGUUUGAUAUCAUUGUAGAGAGAUAUAUUUUUGAUGAUUGCAAAUAAAAUUUGUUUCAAGUACAAGUA